AUUCCUGCUUUUCUUGUGUACUUGUGAAUUGUGGUUGACUACGACUACGAGUGCUAUAAAUAGAAGAGACCAAUAGAGUGCAUCAGAGAAAAGUACUCCUAGAAGACAGCCACACACACUGAGACACCCAAGAAGUUGCCUCCGAUGGCGGAUUGGGCGAUGCACCACUACCUCCUACUAGCCAACCAGCAACGCCACCGAGCCCUCGCCGACGUCGCCGUCCUCCGCCGCCAGCUGCUCCUCGACUCCGGCCGCGUCUUCAUGCUCCUCGGCGCCGUCAUCCUCAUGCACCUGCUCGCCACCGGCCGCGGAGCAUCGUCCGGCUGCAUCCGCGGCGCCGAACCUUGCGUCGCCCUCCUCCUGUGGCUGCUCGGCGCGGCGCUCGCCAUGCUGUCGCUCGUCGCCGGCCGAUUCCCCGUUCUCGCAGCCGCCGCUGCCACCAUUGCUAAGGAGCUCGGUGAUCACCUGCUUGGUGAUCAUCUUCUUCUCCGUGCUUUUGCUCUGGAGUUGAGUACGGAUUGCGUGUAUUGCAUCCUUGCAUUCUCCCUACAUGUUAUGCUUUCGAAACAUCAUCUUUUUUUCAGUAUAGUUCAAUAAAUUUCAGCUCAUAUUUGUCCUCCAAGACGAGUUCUCCAUCAAACGAAACUUAGGGCAUGUACAACAAUCUUUAUUAGUGGUCUCUCUAUUGC